AUGCUCCUGGGCUUUCGCAGAGGACGCAAGAACCAGUUUAAGCAUAUCGUCCAUGGCCUCCUUCCUGCAGCCAGCAUUGCACCGAAGCCAGCUGUGCCCCGCACACCUCCUCCUCGCAGCCCCAAUCCCUCUCCAGAGAGACCAAGAUCUGCUCUGGCCGCAGCCAUCCUGGCAACGACUUUGACUGGACGGACUGUGGCCAUUCCUCAACCUCGCCAAAGGUCUCGGUCUGAGAGUGACACGACAUAUGACGGGAAGGACAGCUUCAUCGAGCCCUAUGCCACCACCUCAGAGCUGAGGCUUCGACCAACUUGGCAGAAUGAGAUGGGAAGAGGAACUUCUUUACCGUCCUUUGCAUCGUUGGGCUGCGAGGAGGAAGAGGACAUCGACACGCACCUGUCUUCCAGCUCCGAGGAGCCGGGGAAUGCCAGGGCUCACAAAGCAGUGAGGAUGAUCAGUGAGGCGGUGUACACUGUGCCACACAAAAAUCAGUCUCCAUCAUUCCAUGAGGUGGACGGUGAAGAAGAUGACACUAUUUCUGAGCAAGAUAGGUUUUCAGACUCACCUCUCACACCACAGGGUGCACAAGAAAAAGGUCACCGGCGUUCCAUCCUGAAUUUGAAGGAUGAGAAACCUCCGUUAAGUGAAAAGCCUCCACCGGCACCAGAUGUAGCUGGUAGAACACGUCUGAGGUGUAUAGAAAUAACCAAAGAAAAAUUUGAAGAAUUUCAAGAAGAAAACUUGUCUUUAAGCCAUAUAAAUCAAACCCUUGCCCAUGAGUGUGAUGUAGUGAAGCAAGCAAUGAAAGAACUACAAGUAAAACUUAAGAAAUUGGAAAAAGAAAACAGAAGACUGAGAAAGGCUGAGAAAACAUCCUCUCAGGAAGCUGUGCCUGAAUUACUUCGUCUACGAAAACAAGCAGGAGAACUAGUGGAUGAAAAUGAUGAGUUGAGAAUGACUGUCCAUCGUCUGAAUGGAGAAUUGAGUAGAUAUCAAACCAAAUUCAGGCAUUUGUCCAAAGAAGAGAUCUUAAACAUCAAAGGUCUCCCAAUGAAGGGUCCUACACCACCCUGGUUGCUGGACCGGAAGUACCUGUCACCCCUGUUGCUGGCUUAUGAAGACAGGAUGAAAGAGAAGGACGAGCUCAUUGCCACCCUCAAAGAGGAUAUGAAGGCGUUUAAGAUUCGAGUCCAAGAAGUCGUGAAAGAAAAUGAAGAAUUACAUCAAGAGUUGAAUAAGAGCUGUCCUGUUAGCAAUAAGGACUGGCGUCAGCUUCAGGCUCAAGCAGAACUGGUUUUGGAGGAGAACAAGGUGUUGUUACAGCAGUUGGAGAUCCAGCAGACGAAAGCCCAGGAAGUGCAGCAGGCGCAUCUGCUGGAAGUUUCCAAGCUGACCAAACAGCUCCUGCUUCUGGAGACGAAAACUCAGAACCAGGAAAAGGAACUCACAGACAGCCAGAAGCAGCUGCAAAUUCUACACAACAAAUGCCAAGAACUGCAAACCCAGAUGGAAGAGAGAAUUGCAAUGAAAGUUCAUAAUUCUAUAGUAAAUGAAUUAAAAAGCCGGUUACAGAAGGAAGAAGAGAAAGGAAGUGCUGAGAUGGAAGAGUUGAUGGAGAAGCUCACAGUCCUGCAAGUACAGAAAAAGAGCCUGCUUUUAGAGAAGAACAAUCUGACGGUUAAAAGCAAAGCCCUGGAAGCUGAGCUGGAAAAGGCACACAAGACAAAUAGGAGAUCUCAGAAGAAAAUUGAUGUCCUCAAAAAGCAGGUGGAACAGGCCAUGGAGAAUGAGAUCUUUGCUCACCAGUACCUGGCCACGCUUGUUGGACUGGCAGAGAAUGUAACCCAGGAGCGUGACAAUCUCAUGUACUUGGCUAAAUGCUUAGAAAAUGAGAAGAAUGGUGUUCUCAACAAAAUAAUAGAAGACAAUAUUCGCCUGGGAAAACUGGAGGAAAAAGUGAAGGGCUACAAGAAGCAGGCGGCACUGAAGCUGGGUAACAUCAGCCACCGUCUGAAGGAGCAGCAGGAAGACUUCGCUGGCAAGACCGCGCAGUACAAGUGGGAGAUGAGACACCUCCACAAGAUGCUGCAGGACAAGCAGGAAGUCCUGGACCAGGCGCUGCAGCAGAAGAGAGAGGUGGAAGGGGAGCUGGAAAUUGUCUGGGAGUCCACCUCCAAGGAGAACCGAAGGAUCCGGGAGCUCCUGCAGGCUACGCUGGAGAGGAGAGGCCUGGGGGAGUUCGGUGGAGCAGGCGAGGACCCGGGCAGGGACGCUGCCGCCCAGGGGGACCUGCCAGAUGGCCACAACUUCAGCUACUGUGACUUGAAGCCACCCCCGCAUGUCCAGCAGGGUCUGCAGGAGCUGCUGAGCUAG